UGUGUGUGUGUGCGCAGCCAUUUUGGGGAAGGUUGUUCAUCAUCGACGAGCCUGUGCCAUAUUAGCUGCUCGAAAAGACUUCCAGGAAACCGAGGCAAAGGAGAAAACAAACCAAAAAACCACCCCUUCGACGACACGCCGUUAAAUAUGGGACCGCCGGGAGCCAAACCACGCCACAAGCCGACUGACAGGACGGAGGAUUUCAGCUGGAUUGUCGAUUUAUCUUGACAUGGCAUGCAGCAGGGCGAGUUGGAGGCUGUGACGACGGAAGAAAAGAGGAGAAGCACGAAAACAAACAAGCGCAGCAAACACCUCGAAACUCAGAGAUUUUCUCCGCUCCACGGUCGUCCUCGGUUGUUGAUUCCCUGGCUGGUUGUCGUUGUUGUUUUUUUCUUUCUUUCUCCGUCGACGCGGUUGUUGACUUGAGCAAAUUGUAACCCAAAAUGCUGACCACAGGCGAAAACAGUUAGUCGGUCAACCGCUGCGAAAAGUCGCUUUGACUCUCACCGCACAGACAGCCACGUUAAACCGGGCGAAAAAUGUAAAAAAAUAAACAACGCGUCAAUAUCAAAUAUGACUGUACGCUAGCCAACCUUACGCUACCACACAUGGGCCUCACUUACGCCAAUCAGUCAAAAGAUAAGAUGUAGCUAUUUAGCUGGGUCACUACUAGUUAGUGUUGAAGUGAAAGCCUAGGUUAGCUUGCUAGCUCGCCUUAGCUAGUGUGCUAAAAAUACGCCGUCAUGACUAUCGACAGUGGCAGCACCGCAGGCCGUGGGCCAAAUGAAUGGCAGUAGGAAAAAUCUUAGAAAUGUCAAGUUACCUUUGUAGCAGCCUUCGAUGUUAUCGGGUGCCAAUAUCUCCUGGCAUCUGCAUUAUUUACCUGCCAUGUUUGUCUGUACCCCCGAUCUGUCUGUAACACGUAGGCCUACAUAACGCAAUCUCUGCAGAGAAAUAAACACAAAACGACAGCCAUGGAUGAGGGACUUUGAAGUGACCCCCCCGCCCCCAGUAAAUACUAGAAUAUUUGUCUGCUUGCUAGUUUGUGUAGUCUUCAGUUUCACUAGCAAGGUGUUUUAUUGGUAUGGAUGUUGACAGUAGCAGCCCUUUCUGUUGAUGUCAGUAACAUUCACCAAGAGAAGGUGCAUCUAAUUUGAGUUGCUCUUUAGUUUAAAAUCUCAGUUUGUUAACUCUGUGCCGAUGACUUGUUGAGUAGAAGCUCAUUUGGCUCUCAUUGAAAAGUCAUGUCUUAAACGUCAAAUUUUUGAGUAAGGUAUAAGGAGAUAUAGUCUUAGUAAUCCCUCCCUCUCCACAUUGUCCUUUUUACACAAUCAAAAAUGACUUAGCUUCUGUUUUUUGAUUUGUUUACCUUUUUCCGUUGGUAGUUAGUGGGUGUUUCAAAGAGCUACAGAGUUUGAUAAGUUGUCUCUGCAAAGGGUAGCUAGCUCCAUCUCUAUAUAGACAAAAGUAGAGAGUACAGUCCAAAUAUUCUGUACAAGAGAAGACAUUACCAUCAAAAUCUAACCAUGGGGGACCCAACUUCUCGAAGAAAUCAAACAAGGAAUCGCCUUCGAGCUCAGCUUCGGAAGAAAAGGGAAUCUUUGGCUGAUCAGUUUGACUUCAAGAUCUAUAUUGCCUUCGUAUUCAAAGAAAAGAAAAAGAAGUCUGCACUUUUUGAGGUAGCUGAAGUGGUGCCAGUGAUGACCAACAACUAUGAAGAAAACAUCCUCCGAGGUGUGCGGGAUUCCAGCUACUCUCUUGAGAGUUCCAUAGAGCUCCUGCAAAAAGAUGUUGUGCAAUUGCACGCCCCCCGAUACCAGUCAAUGCGCAGGGAUGUGAUAGGUUGCACACAGGAGAUGGAUUUCAUCCUUUGGCCGCGCAACGAUAUUGAGAAGAUUGUCUGUCUCCUGUUCUCCAGAUGGAAGGGGGCUGAUGACGAACCCUUCAGGCCUGUUCAGGCCAAGUUUGAAUUUCAUCAUGGAGACUAUGAGAAGCAAUUACUGCACGCUGUGGGCCGCAAGGACAAGGCUGGAAUGGUCAUGAACAACCCAACUCAGUCUGUAUUUCUCUUUAUGGAUCGACAGCACUUACAGACUCCUAAAACCAAGGCAACAGUUUUCAAGUUGUGCAGCCUCUGCCUGUACUUGCCCCAGGACCAGCUGACCUGCUGGGGUGUGGGAGACAUCGAGGAUCACCUCCGCCCAUACAUGCCUGAUUAAGGCGUCCUCCUCCUCCUCCUCCUUCUCCUCCUCCCAGUCACAUAGGGAAAACCCCUUCCCCUCCCUCCUACCUAAUCCCACUGAAGCAAGUUGGUCUAUUCAUCUCCACCGGCUUCCAUUUGAUAGAAUUGAACUUGUGCUUGGAUCUCUCCUUUGUGUUCGUUUUCCCCUCCCUGACCUGAGGCUGAUUCAGUUCCCAUCCUUUUUUUAUUGGUUCCCCCCUUUUGUUCUUUUUCUCCCUCUUCAUGCCCUCCUACUCGCUCAUUCAUUUUUGUUUAUUUGAACCUGCACGAACAUUGAUUUUGAGUGGUUGGUUGUUCUCUUGGAGCCGCACUAUUAACGGCACCGGUCAUUGAAGGAACUCUUUAUGUUGCAUCUAAACAGGAACAAACAAUAUACAGGUCUUCAUGAUGGUCCUCAGAUGGACAUGUUUGAUAUCCUUGUUGUCAUGAGAAAGGAUUGUUAAAGCUUGUUUGUAAUGUCAAGGGGGGAUUUCUAGAACAACUUUACACAAUCUUUUGACAAAGGACGGGUGCAAAUAGGUGUUUAACCUCCUGUAUAAGCAAAGAUAACAGGAUGAACAAUAUUUGUCAAAAAAAAAAUCAUUUGGUGUAGGUAUUGCUUCUUUUUACAAACCGCCUUAGGUUUUUUUUGCUGGACUUUUUUUUUCCCCCCUCCAUUUUUGGGUGUCAUUUGCUUUCCUCUGAAACACGCUAGGCAGACCUUUGCUAAAAUCUCAUGAGUGACUUGAGAGGUGUGAUGUAGACAAAGUUGAGACAUGUUGGUUUAAUGCUGAAGGUUAUUGUCACCAUGCAAGCUGUUCAUGCACUAUUCAUUCAAGCUACUGAGAUCUGAUGUAUGUUUUGUUUAUAUUUCGGGUGUGGGUUGGUGGGAAGUUGAAAUGGUGACAGACUAAUGGUUAAACCUUGUUGUACCUAACAAAAGAAAAAAGAAAAAAAAGUCAAAAAUUAACCAAAACGUAUUUGUGUUUAAUUUGACUGACUAAAGA